AUGGCAUUGCUGAUAAAAUCCGCUAUUAAUUACUGUCACUUGACAACUCGAGCUAAACAUUUGAUCGUUCCACAGUUAACUGCUGCGUUCACUGCUCGUUCCCCUUACUCAACCAAAUCAUCCGUCGCAGCCAUGCUUGAACACGAAGUCGUUCCCGACGUGAUUGCCGUUGCUCCUAGCGACAAAAUUCAAGUAUCAUACCCAAAUGGAGUUAUUGUUGAUAUGGGUAACGAGCUUACCCCUACUCAAGUAAAAGAUGAACCAUCAGUAACUUGGUCUGCUGAUCCAAAUGCUUUGUAUACUCUUUGUAUGACAGAUCCUGAUGCCCCAAGUCGUAAGGAGCACACAUAUAGAGAAUGGCAUCAUUGGCUAGUUGGAAAUAUCCCUGGUAAUGAUAUUACUAAGGGUGAGACACUUUCCGAAUAUGUAGGCUCUGGACCACCACCUGAGACAGGACUUCACCGAUAUGUAUUCUUAGCUUACAAACAACCAUCAAAGUUGAAUUUUGAUGAACCUCGUUUAACUAACAGAUCAGCAGAAAAGCGGGAAAAAUUUUCUAUUGCCAAAUUUGCGCUUAAGUACAAUUUGGGAAAUCCAGUUGCCGGAAACUUCUAUCAAGCUCAAUAUGAUGAUUAUGUGCCAUUGCUAUACAAACAGCUUGGUGCUUAA